AAUGAGCGCGCGCCGCGUCCGGGGCGGCUGGUGCGCGAGACGCCGCCGAGAGAUUGGUAGCUAAUGUAACAGUUUGCAAACCGAGGGGAGUUGUGAAGGGCGCGGGCUGGGGGCGCGCUGCCGACCUCGUGGGUACGUCCGCCGCCGCGUUUGUCCCAGAGCUGUGGCCACCGGAGCGGAGGGGCACGAUGGCAGCCACCGGACGGAGGCAGAGACCACGGAGGCAAGCCUGUUGGGCCUUCAUGGCUGUGCUCUUGGCAAACCUGCUGGCACUGACUGACACGCUGGCAGUGAUGUCUGUGGACCUGGGCAGCGAGUCCAUGAAGGUGGCAAUCGUCAAACCUGGGGUGCCCAUGGAAAUUGUCUUGAACAAGGAAUCCCGGAGGAAAACCCCAGUGACUGUGACCCUGAAAGAAAAUGAAAGAUUCUUUGGAGACAGUGCAGCAAGCAUGGCCAUCAAGAAUCCAAAGGCAACGCUGCGUUACUUCCAGCACCUCCUGGGGAAGCAGGAGGAUAACCCCCACGUGGCCCUUUACAGAGCCCGUUUCCCAGAGCACCAGCUAGGCUUUGACCCACAGAGGCGGACUGUGCACUUCCAAGUUAGCCCGCAGCUGCAGUUCUCCCCUGAGGAGGUACUCGGCAUGGUGCUCAAUUACUCCCGAUCCCUGGCUGAAGAUUUUGCAGAGCAGCCCAUCAAGGAUGCUGUGAUCACUGUGCCAGCCUUCUUCAAUCAGGCUGAGCGCCGAGCUGUGCUGCAGGCUGCUCGCAUGGCCGGCCUCAAGGUGCUGCAGCUUAUCAAUGACAACACCGCCACUGCCCUCAGCUACGGCGUGUUCCGCCGGAAGGAUAUCAACACCACUGCCCAAAAUAUCAUGUUCUAUGACAUGGGCGCAGGGAGCACCGUGUGCACCAUCGUGACCUACCAGACAGUGAAGACGAAGGAGGCGGGGAUACAGCCACAGCUCCAGAUCCGGGGAGUAGGAUUUGACCGCACGUUGGGGGGCCUGGAGAUGGAGCUCCGGCUGCGUGAGCACCUGGCUGGGCUUUUCAAUGAACAACGCAAGGGCCAGCGAACAAAGGACGUGCGGGAGAACCCCCGUGCCAUGGCCAAGCUGCUCCGUGAGGCAAAUCGACUCAAAACUGUCCUGAGUGCCAAUGCUGACCACAUGGCACAGAUCGAGGGCCUCAUGGAUGAUGUGGACUUCAAGGCGAAAGUGACUCGAGCAGAGUUUGAAGAGCUGUGUGCAGACUUAUUUGAGCGGGUGCCCGGGCCUGUGCGGCAGGCCCUCCAGAGUGCUGAAAUGAAUCUGGAUGAGAUCGAGCAGGUGAUCCUGGUGGGUGGGGCCACUCGGGUCCCCAGAGUUCAGGAGGUGCUGCUGAAGGCUGUGGGCAAGGAGGAGCUGGGGAAGAACAUCAAUGCGGACGAAGCCGCCGCUAUGGGGGCUGUAUACCAGGCAGCUGCGCUCAGCAAAGCCUUCAAGGUGAAGCCGUUUGUCGUCCGAGAUGCAGUGAUCUACCCCAUCCUGGUGGAGUUCACAAGGGAGGUGGAGGAGGAGCCUGGGGUUCGCAGCCUGAAACAUAAUAAACGUGUCCUCUUCUCUCGGAUGGGGCCCUACCCUCAACGCAAAGUCAUUACCUUUAACCGCUACAGCCAAGAUUUCAACUUCCACAUCAACUAUGGUGACCUGGGCUUCCUAGGGCCCGAAGAUCUACGCGUAUUUGGCUCCCAGAAUCUGACCACAGUGAAGCUGAAAGGGGUGGGUGAGAGCUUCAAGAAGUAUCCGGACUACGAGUCCAAGGGCAUCAAGGCUCACUUCAACCUGGACGAGAGCGGUGUGCUCAGCCUAGACAGGGUGGAGUCUGUGUUUGAGACACUGGUGGAGGACGGUCCAGAAGAGGAAUCUACUCUGACCAAACUUGGCAACACAAUCUCCAGCCUGUUUGGAGGUGGUACCACACCAGAUAGUAAGGAGAAUGGUACUGACACUGUCCAGGAGGAAGAGGAAAGCACUGCCGAGAGAAGCAAGGAUGAGCCCGGAGAGCAGACUGAGCUCAAGGAGGAGGCUGAGGCCCCAAUGGAGGAUACAUCUCAGCCCCCACCCCCCGAGCCUAAGGAUGAUGCAGUUCCUGGGGGUGAAAAGGCCGCAGAAAAAGAAAAUGGGGAAGAGUUUGAGGCCCCGAAGCCGAGUGAGAAAAAAGAGGCAGGGUCUGAGGGUGUCCCUCCAGCCCCAGAGGAAGAAAAGAAGCAGAAGCCUGCCCGGAAGCAGAGGGUGGUGGAGGAGAUUGGGGUGGAGCUGGCCCUCCUGGACCUGCCAGACCUGCCCGGGGAUGAGCUGGCCCGCUCGGCGCAGAAACUUCAGGACUUGACGCUCCGAGACCUAGAGAAGCAGGAACGGGAGAAAGCUGCCAACAGCUUGGAAGCGUUCAUCUUUGAGACCCAGGACAAGCUGUACCAGCCCGAGUACCAGGAAGUGUCCACCGAGGAGCAGCGUGAGGACAUCUCUGGGAAACUCAGCGCUGCUUCCACCUGGCUGGAGGACGAGGGCUUUGGGGCCACCACAGGGAUGUUGAAGGAGAAGCUGACUGAGCUGAGGAAGCUGUGUUAUGGCUUGUUUUUCCGGGUGGAAGAACGAAAGAAGUGGCCCGAGCGUCUCUCUGCCCUCGAUAAUCUCCUCAACCAUUCCAGCAUGUUCCUCAAGGGGGCCCAGCUCAUCCCAGAGAUGGACCAGAUCUUCACCGAGGUGGAGAUGACAACGUUAGAAAAAGUCAUCAACGAGACCUGGGUAAUGCCGUACGGGGCACUUAACCUGGUGAGGCAUGCAGUGUGGGAGGGGCGGAGACGUGAGACCCAGCAGCCUCUGCCUCCUGGCCUAGUAGUAGGGACGGCAAAGGAGGUCUGUGUUUGAGGCCAUGUCUGAUUAGUCCCAGACAAAGACAAGGGUCACAGCCAUGAGCCAUCAGACGGAAGAGCCACAGAGCCCAUCCCCGUGAUGUUAGAGAAAGCUGCUUUGAGGAGCUGGGACUUGACCUAGACUCAGAAAGUGGGCCAGGGUUUAGACAGGUAAGAAAGACUAAUCACGUGAAGCAGAAACUGUUUGGAUAUGGAAGGGACCUUUUUGAACCAAAGCUUGGAAGUGGAGAGACAGGAAGGGAACAUAUCAGGAGGUUCUGCUGUGGUCUGUCUGAAGUUAUGGGAUGUAAGCCAGAGACAGGUAGUUUGGGACUCCCUGUGGAAAGCCUCAGAUGCCAUUCUGAGGAGUCUCCUCACCCCUUUGGGCUGACCCCCAGGGGGAACAGAGUGUUUUAAGGUCCGAGGGAAGAGCCCGAGGCCAGUCGGGGGAAUGUUUCAUCAGGGACACACAUGUCUGCUCUC